UGUUCCUGAGAAGCGAAGACUCUCUUCUACGGAAUGUAGGGUGGAGAGGCCGGGCGACUUGGCACGGCUGGGAGAGCCUGGACCCUGAUUCGCCUCCACGGGAGCGGCCCACGGGGCGCCGUUCGAAUGCCGGAGCAUAUAAACUGUUGAGUAAAAACUGAUUGCUUUCUGGACCUGACUGGUUUAUAAUUUCAGAAGGAACAAUGGAAAGUCAAGAAUUUAUUGUCCUAUAUACUCAUCAAAAGAUGAAGAAGUCAAAAGUGUGGCAAGAUGGCGUUCUGAAGACCACUUUAGGCAACAAGGCAAUUCUAUAUGAUGACAAAGGAGCAUGUUUGGAAAGUCUAUUUCUUAAGAGCCUCGAGGUGAAACCUGGCGAUGACUUGGAAAGUGAGCGUUACUUAAUCACAGUUGAGGAGGCUAAGGCUGCUGGAAGUAGAGGUGUUAAACUGGAUGGCCCUAGAGAAGCUCUGGAGUCAGGUCCAAGGACAUUUAUAUCCUCGAGCCGGUCUCUUGGGUGUCAGCCCUCUGGCUUAAAAAGGAAGGCUACUGGUUUUCAAAUACCAUAUAAGGCACCAAAGAAAGUGACUGUUACAGAAAAUGGUGAAUCUGUUGCCUCAUUUGAUGAUUUGAAACCUGGCCCGACACUUCCUCUCCCGUUCUCCAGCACACUUCCUUUGUUUUCUACUGUUGGUGAGAAAGAUAUGAAUUAUACACUGGCAGUCAAUGAGAAUACGUUCAGGAACAGAGAGAGAAGCGACAGACCUUUUUCCCUUGUGUCUUCAUCCUUCAGUGUUAACUCAGACAUACUAAGGAGAGAGGACACGUUUUGCUCUCCUGUCACCUCUGCAACCCAGCAUUCAGAUGCUUUACUGGGCAGUGAGCACACAAGAAGUAAUAGUUUGGAAUCUCACUGUCCUGGAGUUUCACAAAACCUCAGGAGCAAAGCACAAAUAUUAGCUCUUCUGAAGUCCAAAUCAGCCAACAUGAGUAAGAAUCUGACUUUUGAGAUUCAACCACAGGGGUGCUCCAAGACUACUUCUAAGCUAGAGGAAGAGUAUGCUGAGAGAAAGAGCUCAGCGAAUUCACUCUGUGAGCAACAGGCAGAAAACCCCACAAGAGCUACAAGCCGGUGGACCAUGUAUUUACCCUCCCAGAGAUCGCCUCCCUGUUCUCCUAGAGAUGAGAAUGGUACAGAGGACAAACCUGAAGCCCAAGGAGAUGUGAACAUUUUUAAUUUGUCUGAACUUUUGGUGGAAAAAAAGGCAGAGCUCUUCGAAACAUGUGCUGAAAAGGGAGAACUGUACCAUGAAGACAAGCCAGUAGACAAUAGUUGCCAGAGCUGGAAUCACGAAGAAAACUUCGGAGCACCUCUGUUCUGUGAGAACAACAACUUACUGGUUAACUGUAGUAGUAAAGAAAAUGUUGAUUUAUUAUUAGAACCUGACAUUCAGAACAAUAACAAAGUAACUUCUAAUCAAAAUGACAAGGAGUGUAUGGAAGCUUUGCUUUGCACUGGAGAAAGUAUUCUGGUGGCAGAUGCAGAUACCACACUGGAACAAGAGUGUAUGUCCUGUUUAUCAGUGUCACCGUUGCCAGAAGUAGAACAUAAACACAUUGAAGUCGAAUCUUCUCCAAGUAAGAACUCUAGCACCUCUGAUGACAUGGGUUCUAAAAGUGAUGCUGAUAGAGGAAGUCUGGUUACUAUUCAUAAAUCUUCACAACCAUUUCUGGAAGUUUCUUUUAAUCUGAGCAAUUUUGAGGACAGUGACACUGAUGAAGCAUCACAAGAGGACGACAAACUUUCCCAGGACUCAGAGAGAAGAGAAAAGGAAAUUUUGCCUACAGAUGAUUCAUGUGUUCUAAAGAGCUGUGGAGGUAUAGGCUGCCAAGAAACUGCACGGCAACCCUUGCCAUUCCCAUCCCCUGCCAGUGGCAAGCCUAAAGACGUCCUUCCUGCUAACGAGACGCUGCUGUCAGAGUUUUGCGAUAGAACCUGUGUUGGUUUUUACACAGGACCUCAUGAAGAUGCAAACCCUAGAGAAGCAGUGCUGGAGCGGGGUGGUGACACAGGGAGCAGUCUGGACUCAUCGCAGGAGUGGAAUGAGGAUGUGCCAGGAGAUAGCAGAGACGAUGCUAAUAAAUCUAUCCAAAGAGAUGGGACUAAUUAUGGUAUUGUUUCACCCUCAAAUACACCCAAAGGUAUAAAUACAUGUUCAUAUAUUCCUUAUUUUUUAAACACAGUCACAACUCCGGCUCCUGAAAAUAGUGACCUCUUCUCAGAAGGUACCCAGCCUCAGCCUUUUACUUUGGGAAGUCACAUAGGUAAUGAGCAGCUUUUAUCACCAGUCUCUACCAGUGGCGUUAGUAUCCAGCUAUUGAAAACCGCUCAGCAUCACUCUGAAUGUCGUGAACUAGAUGAAUCCAACACCCAGGUUUCUAGCUCUUUAUUUUACCCGGUAGGAACAGAACAUCCUAUUUAUAAAGACACUGAAGCAUACAUUCCUGAAUCUGAAGAUUUAGGGUGGAUUAGAAGUUUGCCAUGUGAUCGUUUUGCAGUGGAAACUACACAGAGAAACAAACAAUCCUCAGCUACUUCUAGAAAUUCUUCAGAACUUUCUGAAGUAAUAAACAAUAUGUCCCUUUUAAAGUCACUGUCUGAGCAUGGCACAACUUUAGGAAGCUUGGCAAUACUGAAUGAAAACCAUGCCUCCCAACAAGAGGCUCGGCACAUAGAAGACCCAGAUGUCAGUCCUGAAGCCAGGAACUUGCCUGCCACAGUAGUUUACCAUAAGCUAGAGCGUCCUCAUGAGCAGUGGACUUCUCAGCAGCCUGUUGAGUUUCAAGGCCAUCAGGUGAAAGGAUCAGCCACUAGUGGUGUAAUGGUGAGAGGACACAGCACACAGCUAGGAUACAGUCAGCUUCCAGAUAGCGUUGAAUAUGAAAACUUCAUGACAUGUCCUCCAGUCUGGACACCAGAGUUGCCUAGCGCUUGUGUGCAGACUGACUUCCUACAGGUGAUUUCACCAGAACAAAAGAUCUCUGCAUCGAGCUCUGCACCUACUUUUUCUUUCAACACGAGAAAUGAAGACUCUGUGCUUGAGUUCUCUGAGGAAUCUCUGAGAGCAAGGACUUUCCCUGGAUUGGAAAACAUUGGUUUUUUGGGGAGUAAGAACCUUCAAAGAUUUCCAUGUGCAACCAGAGCCUCAGUUCCCUUCAUUACUUUGCCUCCUGAUGAUGGGCCAGCAGUCUUAGAGUCCUGUUCAUUUAUGGCUGAUGACGACACACGAGAGUCCUCUAGUUCUUCUGUGUUGAACCUGUGUGAAGAAUCAGUUCUUUCAUUUGACCUUGGGCCUGAGGACCAGGGUGAGACUUCUCGCCGGAAAGGAACUCCAGGAGAUGCUUCACUGCUUCAUAAGAAUUCUGUGCAAAGCAAGUGGCUAAAAUAUCAAAACACAUCCCAGUGCAGCUCAGCUGCUCUAGGCAGAAUUGGCGGUGAAGUGGCAGAGGACAGUGAGCAGCAGAGGAAUGCUGUGAAGGAAAGCUCUGUAGACCCUGUGCACUUGCAGAGGAUGAAAGGCAUGCUCUAUCAGCAGCAGCAGGACUUUAGCAGUCGAGAGUUGGCUUCCAGAAAGAAAGCUUUUUCUCUGAACUCAAAGCAGACUUCUGAGACAGUGGAAAUUCAAGCUAUGUUAGGAAGCCCCGCCAGCUACAACUCCAGAGUCAAAGAUUUACAGGAGAUAAAUGGUUCUGAGCUGUGCUUCCCAAAUGGGCAGAAAAUAAUAUCGGCUUAUCUCCCUCAAAGACAAGUUUACGUACCAGCUGUUUUCCAGUCUCCCAUUCACUAUAAGCAGAUCUUUACAUCUUCUAUCAUAGAGCAUCUGAAUAUAUUGCUAUUUGAUUUGGCACAAAGGUUGUACAAAGCACUUUCCAAUGUUGACAUAUCCUUUUAUACAUCGUCAAAAGGAGAGACACUAAAAAGUGGAAAAAAUCAUUUACCAUCCUGCCAUCAUAAUCAACCUGCCAAACUUGUCAUGGUUAAAAAAGAAGGCCCAAAUAAGGGUCGUCUCUUUUAUACAUGUGAUAGGCCCAAAAGUAAUCAAUGUAAAUUUUUCAAAUGGCUUGAGGAAGCAACUCCAGGACAGUUAUCACAGUAUGAGUCUCAGUCCAACAUGGUUUUUAAUGAUGUUAAGAGUAUUGGCUCAUAUUUAAGAAGUCAAAGGGUACCGGUCUAUGAGGAAUGCCAGCUUUUGUUGAGGAAAGCAUUUGAUUUUCAGAGGAAACAGUACGGUAAACUAAAGACGUUUGCAACUGUGAACCCUGAAUUUUGCAGUGAAACAAAAAGUAGGAUUUAUCUUAAACUGAGUCGGAAGGAGAGCUCUUCAGUUUAUAAUAAAGGUGAUCUUUGGGUGAUUUCAAAAACCCUAGACUUCCAACUAGAUACCUUCAUUGCAUGCAGUGCCUUCUAUGGGCCAUCUUCUGUCAAUGAAGUGGAGCUGCUGCCUUUGAAAGGCUAUUUCCCUUCUAACUGGCCCACGAACAUAACAGUCCAUGCAUUAUUGGUUUGUAAUGCCAGCACAGAGCUGACAACACUGCAGAACAUUCAGGACUACUUUAACCCAGCGACUCUUCCAGUAAUGCCAUACCUGUUAGCAAUGUCUCGGCCAGCUACAGUUAGCAAUAAAAAUGUCAGUAAAAGAAAAUUUAUCCCACCAGCCGUUGCAAAUAUUAAAACAAAAUUUGAACUCCUGAACUUGGGAGCCACCCUGCAGUUAGCUAGUGAGUUGAUUCAUAUACACAGGUUGAACAAGGAUCAAGCUACAGCACUAAUUCAGAUAGCUCAAAUGAUGGCCUCUCAAGAAAGUGGUGAUGACACACUGGAGCCCUGCACUCCUCCCCUGCCUAUCACAAUCAUUCAUGGUGUUUUUGGAGCAGGCAAAAGCUAUUUGCUGGCUGUGGUGAUUUUGUUCUUUGUACAACUGUUUGAAAAGUGUAAUGCUGAAACAGUUGGAAAUGCAAGGCCUUGGAAGCUUCUCAUUUCUUCUUCCACUAAUGUAGCUGUUGAUAGAGUGCUUCUUGGGCUUCUCAGUCUUGGAUUUGAAAAGUUCAUCAGAGUUGGGAGUGUUAGGAAGAUUGCCAAGCCAAUCUUACCGUACAGCUUGCAUGCUGGCGCAGAAAAUGAAAAUGAACAAUUGAAAGAACUCCAUGCAUUGAUGAAGGAAGAACUGACUGCUAUAGAAAGGGUUUAUGUGAGAAAAAGUAUUGAGCAGCACAAACUAGGGACCAAUAGAACUCUGCUGAAGCAGGUUCGAGUUGUUGGCAUUACCUGUGCAGCCUGCCCAUUCCCAUGCAUGAAUGACCUUAAAUUCCCUGUGGUUGUGCUGGAUGAGUGCAGCCAGAUGACAGAACCAGCCUCACUCCUUCCUAUUGCAAGGUUUGAGUGUGAAAAGUUAAUUCUUGUUGGAGACCCCAAACAGCUGCCUCCUACAAUUCAGGGUUCUGAUGCAGUUCAUGAAAAUGGAUUGGAACAAACUCUUUUUGAUCGGCUUUGCUUAAUGGGUCACAAACCCAUUCUGCUGAGAACCCAAUACCGCUGUCACCCAGUCAUCAGUGCCAUAGCUAACGAUCUGUUUUAUGAAGGAAACCUCGUGAAUGGCGUUUCAGAGACAGAGAGGAGCCCUGUACUGGAGUGGCUGCCCACGCUGUGUUUCUAUAAUGUUACCGGAGCAGAGCAGGUUGAAAGAGAAAACAGCUUUCAAAAUGUGGCAGAAGCUGCUUUUACACUCAAGUUAAUCCAAUCACUGAUUGCGAGUGGAAUAGCGGGCUCCAUGAUUGGGGUGAUAACAUUAUACAAAUCACAAAUGUACAAGAUUUGCCAUUUACUGAGCGCUGUGGACGCCGGCUAUCCCGAUGUUAAAGCUGUGCAGGUGUCCACAGUGGAUGCCUUUCAGGGCGCUGAGAAGGAGAUCAUUAUUCUGUCCUGCGUGAGGACAAGACAAGUAGGGUUCAUUGACUCAGAAAAGCGAAUGAAUGUUGCGUUGACCAGAGGAAGAAGGCAUUUGUUGAUUGUGGGAAGCUUAUCCUGUUUGAGGAAAAAUCACCUAUGGGGGCAUGUGAUCCAACACUGUGAAGGAAGGGAAGAUGGAUUGCAACAUGCAAGCCAGUGUGAACCACAGCUGGACCGUCUUCUUAAAGAUUAUUUUGAAAAACAAGCAGAAGAAAAAGGAAAAAGAAAAAUCUAAGGAUAAAUCUCAUUAACAAAACCCACAACAACAAAAAACAUGGCCAGGAGUAUUGGUAUUGUAAAUUCAGAAUUGUUUUAUACUGUAUAUUUUUAAUAUUUUUCUUUACUGUAAAGCCUCUGAUACAAAAAAGUUGCACUAUUUAAACACCAUGCUGAAUAAGUGCAUGUAAGAAUUUGUUCUUUAAAGAGGGCUGCAUUUUAUAUUAAGACAGGCAGAUGUUUGUAUGACAGGCAGAUGUCUUGUUUGUGAAAGAAACCAAUUUUAAAAAAGGUCAGAAAACCAUUCCUGAGAAUAUCAGCAUGCAUAAACAAUGUACAGUAGUAUCUAAAGUUCAUGUGCCGACAGCUCCAGUCCAGACCACUAGCAGAAUCUUCUGAACUUGAAAUACAUGAAUUGUUCCACCACUUAAAAACUAAAACAAUUCGGGCUGGCGAGAUGGCU